AUGCCAGAAGUGCAAAGCGGGUUCCUAACAAUGACGACAAUAAUCUUGCUAUGCAUAGGCCUUACAAUGAUGGGAACAGGUCUCUACCAAAGAGCAACAGUGUCCACAUGCAUCCAAGAAACUCAAGGCCAAUUCGUCAUACUCGGUAUGAUCCUUCUCGUGAUCCCUCAGAUCGGUCUAUACGGAAUCUGUUGCCGCUCCAAACGCCUUUUCACCUUUUUCUACUACGGCAUGAUUCUGCUCAUAAUCAUUGUCUUCUCCUACUCGGUCAAAUGCUUCGUUUACAACAACACUUUUAGCAUCGCCAAGAAUCCCGCCGAGGACCACCGCUCCGUAAACCAGUUGCUUGGCCGCCUCGUCCCUCGGGAGAAGUUCGUGAAAGUAACCGACUGUAUCAUCCAUAACCAUGACUGUAACUUCAAUGCCAGCAAGAACAGCAACGUUUGGACAUAUUGUUGCGCGCAGCCGAUAGGGUGUGGAGACAUUUCAAUGUUCGACAGGCCAGGCGAGUGGGGCUGGAAACAACAGUAUGAACAGAACAAAGUUCCGGAUAAAUGUGCUUAUGAUUAUUGUUUGAGCUGCAGAGGUUGCCAGCUCAGCAUUUUGAAAGCCAUUGUUCAUCAGUGGAAGUAUCUCUCAACGUUUGUUUACCCAACUUUAGUCCUUUCCUGCAUCUGUAUUGCCAUUGCUUGGUCUCUCAAGGAGACCAUCCAUGAAACAGAGGACUAUCGAGGUUCUUAUAGUUGA